UUGAUUUUUUGUUUUGGCCAACGAAGGUUCGACUAUAUCUACUCGCAAAAAUUAAAGACGAUAUCUAUAUAAUACAUAGGUGACAUACAUACGAACAUAUCGGCUAUAUUCGUGAACAGAAAAACUUAUCAAAAUGUGUAACGCUCUUUGGGAAUGCCUCAAGUGCCCAGGCAAAGUAAUUUGCUGUUGCUGUGAAUGCGCCUGUAAAAUGAUCAUGAGCAUUCUGUGCUCAAUUAUCGUGCUAUUGGUGGUUAUUGGAUUAAUCGUCUACUUCGCUGCCUUCUACCACAAGGAUAACAAUCAGGAAGAAGUGCAAAAACUGUUGAAAACCGUUGCAAAACGCAGCAUACGGGAUUAUUUUAAUAGGGAAUACUAAACGGAACAACAACCAAAGAAUUUAUAACAUAAGUAAAUAAUAGCUAGAAGAAAUCGAAACUAUA